AAUGGCGAGUGCAAAGUCCCAGUUCUAACUAUGUAGUUGAGAUUUUAAAUUUACAACUCAAAUAUUUAGAAAAAUUAGUUAGGUAAUUGUGAACAAUUUAGGUGUAGAAGUGUUUUACUUUAAUUUAUAGUUACCAUGGAUAAACACUAUUUAACUACGGAACAAUUAGUCGGUUUCGAAAAUUAUAAGUACAGCUGCAAGGAUACGAGCCCGUUGAGCAAAUAUGUCAUGCACCCGUAUUGGAAUUGCGUGGUGGAGUAUUGCCCCAAGUGGGUUGCUCCCAACUUAUUGACGUUUAUUGGUUUCCUAUUUGCGGUCGGGAUAUUUCUCUUGUUCACCAUCAUGGAUUAUUAUAUAUUAGCGUCUGAUGAUGAUUAUCCUGACGUUUCACCUUUACCCAAAUGGACAUUUAUUGUUGCCGCAAUUUUUAUGUUUGUAGCGUAUACAUUGGAUGGAAUUGAUGGCAAACAGGCGAGACGGACUGGAAGUAGCUCACCGUUAGGUGAACUGUUUGAUCAUGGUAUCGAUUCCUACACGGCAUCGCUGAUACCGAUUACUGUCUUUUCUGUUUUUGGUCGUGGUGAAAAAUUCAGCCUCAAUUCUUACCAUAUGUAUUUCUUAUUGUGGAAUAUUCUGAUCAAUUUCCAUUUAUGCCAUUGGGAAAAGUAUAAUACUGGCGUUUUAUUCUUGCCGUGGGGAUAUGACAUCACAAUGUGUAUCACAGUCAUAAUGUUUAUAAUCACUGGAAUUUGGGGUUACCAAAUGUGGCAGUUUGUACUUCCAGGAGGUAUUACUCUUGGAAAACUUUUGGAAAUAAUAAUUUAUGGAACCGCAUUGUUGUCAAACCUUCCAACAGUUUUAUGGAACGUGUACCUCUCGUAUAAAGAUCGCACAGGGUAUGGAAGAUCAUUGCUUGAAGCACUACGACCUUUCUCUUCUGUUGUCAUAUUCUUUCUCAUCUGUAUGGGAUGGGUUUUAAAUUCUCCCGGUCAAAUUUUAGAUACGGAUCCUAGGCCAAUUUUUUUUAUAACCGGAACUAUUUUUUCAAACAUAUGCUGUCGUUUAAUAGUAGCCCAAAUGAGUAGUUCGAGAAGCGAAGCUUUCAAUAUGUUGCUAAUACCUACAGCUCUUGUAACUUUUUUAAGUGUGAUAACGAGAUCCGCUCGGCUAGAAUUUGGAUUAGCUUAUAGCUUAUGCGUUUUUGUGGCUUUAGCACAUGUACACUACGGAUGCUGUGUGGUGCGGCAAAUGUGCAGACAUUUCAGAAUAAACUGUUUCAGUUUGAAACCGCAUGCAGAUUGACUACUUGCAGACAACGCAUGAUGUGGUAUCAAGCGUUGUCCCUCGGGCAUUUGUUUUCUUUUUUUUGUUCUUUAAAAGAUUAGUUGCAUUUACUUUUAUUGUAUUUGAUUAUUCUUCUUUAGGACAAUGUUGUUAUUGUUGUUGGUAGGUUAUAAUUAGAUUAGGUUUUGUUUUGUGCGAAUUAAAAUUAAGUUAUGUUAUUGCCGAUACUGAGGGAAACGUUUUGUGUCAAUGAUGUGACUAUUUUUAACCUCGCUCUCUAAAUUAGAGGUGCGUUUAUGCAAACAUUUUCCUGACAUCGAAUCAUUUUAACCCGACUUGCAUUUGUAUUAACAAUCUUUUGAGAGAUCUGAUAAUUGACAUGAAUUUCAAUUAUACAAAUAAUGUCUUUUUACCCCCACACGAUUGAAGUUCCUUUUGCAUAAACCCACCUUUAAAAUCUUGCUUAACGCAAUUGCGAGAAUACACUUUCACAUAAGCAUUCGGGCACUCUUUACAGGUAGAAAGUUAUCACAUUUACAUUAGGCAUAUAAUGUAUUAUGAUUUUAUCACAGAAUUUCGCCAACUCUGCUACCGCUGUAGGUUUAGCAAGUGCCGGGUACCUACACCAGUUGUUGUUAAGCACAGGUCGACUAAUUUGUUUAAAUUGUAUCUUAAGAUAAAGUUGUAUGUACUAUGUACCAACAUUAAUUACAUAAUGUAAUCUUUAGUUAGUUUAUCCAAAUUUGAGUUUGUGGAAUACUAAGUCAACAAUGCAUUUAAGAAUAAAAUUCAAUGUACAAAUUAUAAUAAGGCUACUUAAAAAGUAUUUAUUGUAUAUUUUAUGUACAUUCAAUUCUGAUACCACUACAAUUAAACAUAUUUAUUAAGUUGGUUUUGAACCCAUA